UCUGGCUGGUUAUGGCAGACGAUCCAGCGAACCCAGUUCAAAUUGGUGGACCACCGUCUGCCAAAAGACCCCUUGUGGUCUCCUGUUCACCCGGUCAAAUUCUACUCCUUAUUCAUUUGGUGAUUGCCAUUAUUGUUGGGAUUAUUGGUGCAACGGAGAAUCGACUAAACUCGGUCCUGGGCAACCAACAGCACCGGGACGUCGCCCUUGCCUUCACCAUCAUUGGUUGCGUGUCAUCUCUGUCUGCCAUUGUCUUGGUAUUGGUUGUCCUAUUCCUCCGCGUCAGCAAGAGACAUAUCCUCGGAAUCGUAUUACUGAGUCUGGUGUUGUUCUCAUUGAUCUGUUUUGCAAUCAGCACAGGAGUUAGCUACAUUGAAGUGCAGAUGUACAGUGGUGCGUGGCUACUUUCGGCCGCCUGGGUGUCCCUUCUUGGAUCAGUGAUGGCAAUCUUCGUCUAUCUCAGUGAACGCGACAAAUGAGUUUUGUUUCGAACAGAUUUGUACAUUUAUUUCAUCAUUCAGCUGUACAUUUUAUCACCUGUCCGACUGAACUAAAGAUUGUACCAGUGAAUUAUGUUUUUUUUGAGAAAAAUACAGCUGAUUUGAUAUUUCCAUGACAGCUUAUCGCAAAUAUUCUCACGUGACUGUGGGCUGUUUCCGUUUUUUGUCACUCUCAGAGUAGACAGGUGAUGUUGAUGUACCCGCGAUGCGCGAAUGACAAUCUUAAUUUAUCCUGUAACAAUAUAUACAAUUUCAUGAACAAAACUACUCACAAGGUUGCUGAAAACUCUUCGACAGCCCAUGAC